GACCUUCCAGGUAUGCAGCAAAUUCUUCACACCCCCAAGAAGGACCUGAUAUGCCCUAAAGCUUCACUCAGUCACAAUUAAAUAAAAUCUUUCUUUCCCAAACAGGAAUAUGGCUUAUAAAUUGCUUCAAGUGAUUCUCUAUGCAACAUUGCUUCUAGGAGCACUGGGAGCGCCAUUUUUGGUAGAAGACCCAGCGAACCAAUUUCUACAUCUCAAAAGACACAUAUAUUUACAGGAUUACUUGGACCCAGAUCACAAUCCGAAUACGUGGGGCAACAUACUGGCUGAUCAGGUUCGGGAAACAUGGAGUGCUUUGAAAACAACAGCACAGUAUUAUCUGAAUGUGAAUGCCUUUGCCACUGACAAGGGGACUGCCCAGUAAAUGUGCUCUGCUGGCUAAAAUAGGAAAGCAAAAUCACUGGGAGCUGGCAGGACAAUCCAAGGGCUUUGGCAAUGGGAACAAAUGCAUGCCAUUUGCUAGAUUAUUUAUUAUGUCUGUCUCAUAGAGAUAUUAUAAGGAGCAAAUAUAAAAACACAUGUGCAUAGCUAGAGUCAGAAGUGCUCAAAUGGUUACUUUUAUAUGAGGACCAAAAUAAAUAUUGUAGUAAAAACAUUUACUAAAAACUGGACUUUUAUGGAAAAGGAAAUAAAAGCAAUAAAUAGUUGUCAUUCAA